AUGCAUCGCUGCUGCAGUGGCUCCCAGGGGCACGUGAUGGGACCCUGUACAUGUGGUAUGUUUCACAGCCAAACCACCUCCUUCUCCAUGCUCUUCUCAAUGCCCAACCACAAACCACCCUGCCAAGAUUCCGACAUCUAUGAUUAUUCCUUCACGCCCUCAUCCUCUUCCUCUUCCGUUGACUGCACCCUCUCCCUCGGAACCCCAUCCACCCGUUUCUCCGAAGACGAGGAAAAACGAACCCGCCAUGAACGUCGCUCCGUUUCUAACUUCUGCUGGGACUUACUGCAAUCCAAACACAACCCUCAAUCCCAAACCAAAUCCUCCCGAACCUCCAAUAGCACCUCCACCACCGACCCUCUCCUCGCUCGUCGCUGCGCCAAUUGUGACACCACCUCAACUCCCCUUUGGAGAAAUGGCCCCCGUGGCCCCAAGUCACUGUGCAAUGCGUGUGGGAUUAGAUUCAAGAAGGAGGAGAGAAGGGCAAGUGCUGCGGCGGCGGCGCCUCCUCCGGCUUCUGUCGGCGUGAUGGAAUCGGCACAGGUGUAUAACAACUCGUGGUACGCACACCCACAGAGUCAGAAGAUGCAGUGUUUCUCGCCGGGGAUGGGGAACGAGUUCCGUUUCGUGGAUGAUGGCGAUCGAGACACCGAUAACGGCAUUCCGUUCCUCUCGUGGAGACUCAACGUCACAGACAGAACCAGCCUCGUUCACGACUUCACAAGAUGA